GUUUUGUUUGAACCUUGAGACUCUCAUUAUUAAAGGAGCUCAGGUCUUUAGUUUGAGGGGUGCCUGAUCUUAGGAUCAAAUCUCUCUCUACUCUCGUGUAAAAUAUUCUGAUAAUAAAAAUAAUCUGCGCGCGCCGACUGAAGGCUUGGAAGAAAUUCUGGUGUUCUUUUAAGAGUGAAUUCUAAUUCAGGUGUGAUUAUAUUUGCUGUUGACCUUGACACACGGUCCUAAGAGUUUGCUCCUAGUUGGAUCUUCAUUUUAACUUGUAUAAUAUUGUCACCAUGGAAAAAGUACAACACUUAAAAAUACCACUAGAAGAUAUAAAGUUGGCAACCAACAACUUUAGUAAUUACAUUGCAAAAGGUGGAUUUGGGAAUGUCUAUGGAGGUAAACUCACAAUAUCUGGGCAGCAAUACAACGUUGCUGUGAAAAGGUUAGAUCCUAAUGGCGGACAAGGGGUUCGUGAGUUCUUCAUGGAAAUUCAAAUGCUCUCAUGUUACACGCACGAAAACCUCGUCUCUCUUCUUGGUUUUUGUGAAGAGAGUGGUGAAAGUAUCCUUGUUUAUGAGCUUGCAAAAAAUGGAAGCCUUGACAAAUAUCUAGAUGACGAAAAGCUAUCAUGGGUGCAACGUCUAAAAAUAAGCCUUGGCGCAGCUCGAGGUUUUAAUUACCUUCAUAAUGAUGUGGGGUCCCAACAUAGAGUAUUGCACCGGGACAUAAAGAGCUCAAACAUCCUCCUAGAUGAAAAUUGGGAAGCAAAAAUAUCUGAUUUUGGAUUGUCAAAAAUAGGCCCUUCUAACACUCAGAUGACAUUUCUUGUGACAUUAGCUUGUGGCACCCUUGGCUAUAUUGAUCCAGAAUAUCAUAAAACUGGCAUUCUAACCAAGGAAUCUGAUGUGUAUUCCUUUGGGGUGUUGUUAUUUGAAAUAUUAUGUGGAAGGAUUGGACUUAUAGCCACAUAUCAUGAUGAACGUAGGUUCCUUGCUCCACUUGCCCAACGAUCUUGUGAACGAAAUACUUUACACGAUAUAAUCCUUCCCAGUAUAAAGGAUGAAAUAAAAAAAGACUCAUUGAACGUAUACUCUACGGUUGCAUACCAAUGCUUGAAAGAAAAGCGCAUCGAGCGGCCAACGAUGGCUUGGAUAGUGAAGAAACUCGAAAAGGCAUUGGACCUUCAAGUUAAUGGCGAUGUAGUUGGAUUUGUUCGGCUAGGAACUUGGGGAAAACAAAUUGAAGGUCAUGAGAAUAACUGGUGUUUUGAACUUGAGCAAGGUCAUAGGCUGCAAAAGAUAACGAUUGAUCAUGGUGAUGAUGUGAUAUACUCCCUCAUGUUUACCUCUGAAUGUAGAGGUGUUCUGCACGAAUCUAACAAGGCUGGUGGAUCGGCUGGUGGGGAUACAAUUUCUGAGGUCACACUUGAUUUUGAUGAGGAAAUAGUUGGUAUUAUUGGAAGCAUUGGAACUCGAGAUGGUGAUACAAUAAUUUCGUCACUAUCUUUUAAAACCAACAAGAAGACCCAUGGCCCUUUUGGUCGAGAAUCCAAGUCUUUGUUCUCCAUACCAUUGGACAAAGCCUCAAUAGUCGGAUUUUACGGCACUUGUGGCAAUUAUAUUAAUAGUAUUGGUAUGUAUGUGAUAGCCCAUGAUGAAAUCAUGAGGGUCGGAACAUGGGGAAGAACUAUUCCAGGAACUCCGCUUAAUAUAUGGUCUUUUCAACUUGAGAAAAAUCAUCAUUUGAGCAAGAUAACCAUUGAUCAUGGUGACCUUAUAUACUCUCUUGUUUUCACCUCCCAAUAUGGAGAUUUAACAAACACAUCUAACAAGGCCGGUGGUUGGAAUGGUGGAGAUAAUGUUUCUGAGGUAACAUUUGAUUGGAAUGAAGAAAUUACAGCUAUCAGUGGAACUGUUGCCUUGUCACGUGGAACUUAUGCUGGUUACACAGUAAUUUCGUCAAUAUCAUUUGUCACAAACAAAAAAUCCCAUGGACCGUUUGGUAAUGUAAGAGGGACGCCAUUUACAAUAGAAUGGGACAAUGGCUCGUUAGCUGGAUUUUACGGCCUUUGUGGAUAUUAUAUUGAUAGCAUUGGUGUUUGUUUGAAGGUUGCAAAGUAGUGCAUGGGUAUUACUUGUGGUUUGUUGAUGUUAUCUUAUUGGGUUUGUAAUUUUCUUUCGUCAGUGUAAUCUGAACAUGAUUGUCUUUGUUGAUCUAUCUUCUAAAAUACAUUCGGGUUAUCUUAUUGGGUUUGUUAUUUCUUUUGUCAAUGUAAUCUGAACAUGAUUGUGUUAAAACUUGAGUACGUGAGCAAACUAUGCAUUCAUCUUUGUGAUGUUGAUGGACCUCUAAUGUUAUGUAACUAUAUUUAUGUAAUUUAUUAUUUAUAUGAUA